UUCCGGAAAAAUACAACAACACCCUGUUCAGCGCUCUCUGGUGCAAACGAGGUCGUUGUUAUUAUCAUCGCUGUUGUCGACGCUCGAAAAGAACUCAUCGCUGGAGUUGUUAAAAUCCACGAUUAAUCGCAACAACGGUUGACGAGAUAAAUAAAAAUAAAUGCAGCAUGGAGGUCAUUGAGACAAUUGUCACAGACGCCAUUGAGGUGGAGGAAUCAACAACUACGGUUACGACUUUGGAGGCCGAAAAGUCAAAAACAGAGUUUGUGUGGACAUUACAAGCUACAUGGCAUCUGGUCCAUGUUCGUUUGGACAUGGACCCAGAGUUUGACCAGCCUGUGUGCAAAAAGAAGAAGCUGUGGGAGACUGUGGCCGAGAGGGUGACUGCAAAGCUACGAGCCGACGAAGGCACAGAUGUUUCAGUCAAAGCCUUCGAAUGUGACCUGAAAUGGAGAAACAUGCUAGCGACGUACCGCAAAAAUGCGGAGCGAGCCAAAAGACUGGGAACCAAUAGUGUUCACUGGGAGUUCUUCAAGGAGAUGCAUGAAGUGCUGGGAAGGAGUUAUGAGGAGGUUGAGGCUCAGCGCAAGGCAAAGCUUAAUGGCACUAAGCUGGGUAAGGCCAUAGCCAGUAAACGAUUUACCCCGAUUCUGCCCACACCCACAGCUACAGCUUCACAGUUACCCAAUGCCAGGCCUCCUCAGGAUUUGCUGCAGUUGUACCUGGAGCUGCAGGAGAGGAAACUGAACAUGUGGGCUCAGCAGAAAGCUCUGGAAGAGAGGAAGAUUGAGGCCAUCAAUAAUCUGGCACGUGCCAUUACUUGUCUGUCCCAGAACAAUGCCAUGCAAAUACCCAAAGAGUGCGUGUCGGACACCUCUUCUACCCAGCAAUAGGAAUUAGUCAUGUUUUUGCCCUUGUCUUUUCAUAUUAAAAAAAAUAAUUUUUAUUUUUUUAGAGAAAUGCCUGAUAUGCCUUUUUUUUCCCGAGAAUUGAAUUGAACAUUAACUUGUUAAAGUAUGCUCGGUUUUCCUUUCCUCCAUUAACUGUAAAAUAUUACUGAGCAGUUUCAAUUGUCGCAAUGAUGUCAAAUUAGUAAAGACAAGUUGUACAUUGUAUUUUUGUGUUUUAAUAAAAAUCAUACAACAUGUGUUUAUCAAAA